AUGUCUGACGCAGAAGAGGUGGAGGAGUUCGAGGGGGAGCAGGAAGAAGAAGCUGUGGGAGAGCAGGAAGAGGCCGCGGAGGAGGAGGCCGCGGAGGAGGCCGCAGCGGAGGAGGAGGCUGAGGGCGAGGCUGAGGGCGAGGGGCAGGCCGAGACCAACGCGGAAGACGACAGACAAGAGGAGGAAGUGAAAGAGGCUGAAGAUGGCCCCGUCGGGGAGUCCAAGCCCAAGCCCAGGCCCUUCAUGCCCAACCUGGUGCCCCCCAAGAUCCCCGACGGAGAGAGGGUGGACUUCGACGACAUCCACCGGAAGCGCAUCGAGAAGGACCUGAACGAGCUGCAGACGCUGAUCGAGGCCCACUUCGAGAACAGGAAGAAGGAGGAGGAGGAGCUGAUCUCCCUCAAGGACAGGAUCGAGAAGCGGAGGGCGGAGCGGGCGGAGCAGCAGCGCAUCCGGAGCGAGCGGGAGAAGGAGCGGCAGAACCGCCUGGCGGAGGAGCGAGCCCGGCGGGAAGAGGAGGAGAACCGCAGGCGCGCGGAGGACGAGGCCCGGAAGAAGAAGGCGCUGUCCAACAUGAUGCACUUCGGAGGCUACAUCCAGAAGACGGAGAAGAGAAGCGGGAAGAGGCAGACGGAGCGGGAAAAGAAGAAGAAGAUCCUGGCCGAGCGCAGGAAGGUGCUGGCCAUCGACCACCUGAAUGAAGACCAGCUGAGGGAGAAGGCCAAGGAGCUGUGGCAAUGCAUCUACAACCUGGAGGCUGAGAAGUUCGACCUGCAGGAGAAGUUCAAGCAGCAGAAAUACGAGAUCAACGUGCUCCGGAACAGAAUCAACGACAACCAGAAAGUCUCCAAGACCCGAGGCAAGGCCAAGGUCACGGGACGCUGGAAGUGAAGGCCCAGGUCUGCUCCUGGCCAUGUCCUGCCCGCCCUGCAGGCCCCCCAGCUCCCGGGCCCUCCUGGCACCGGGGGGCGGGGUGGGGAGCAGGUCCUGUCUGGAUACCAGGGGGGCCCAGCUGGCCACCGCCACCCACGGCUGCAACCCACAUGCCCACACCACGCCGGGAAUAAAGCCACCGCACACCAA